UCUUGAACGUCCCCCUGGUCCUCAUUGUGCAGCCGAGGAAACGUCGCAAGGUUUCGACGACGUUGGUAUGAAAUGGCAGAAACUGCUUGUGUCACGGAAGCACACAGAUUAGGUUACGUAGAAGCUACACAUGUAUUUUGCAAAGAUCCCGGCCUGCUAGUGUGAGGGAAACGGGAGCGUAUCCGGAGGACAAAGGAAUUAAAGAGCUGUUUUUCUCCCAACAACAACAACAAAAAAAGCGUCCGGGUUGUGUCUCCAGCAGACAGCAAACGGCGACUGCGGGUCGACACUUGUAAUUAACCGGAGAGGGGUCUUGAGAGGACAGCCCCAUUGAAUGCCCAAUCAUAGCGUUUGUCCAAGGCUUCACCAUGAACCGGAACAAGCGCGAAAAGGAGUACUACAGUAUAGAUGUGGGCGACUCAACGUUUAUGGUUUUAAAGCGCUACCAGAACCUCAGACCCAUCGGAUCGGGAGCACAGGGAAUCGUCUGUUCAGCGUAUGACCACAACUUGGAGAGGAACGUCGCCAUCAAGAAGCUGAGCCGGCCGUUUCAGAAUCAGACUCACGCCAAACGGGCCUACAGGGAGCUGGUGCUCAUGAAAUGCGUCAACCACAAGAACAUAAUCGGCCUAUUAAAUGUAUUCACACCACAGAAGACACUAGAAGAAUUCCAAGAUGUGUAUAUAGUGAUGGAGCUGAUGGAUGCCAACCUCUGCCAGGUGAUCCAGAUGGAGCUGGACCACGAGAGGCUGUCCUACCUGCUCUACCAGAUGCUGUGUGGCAUCAAACACCUGCACUCUGCCGGCAUCAUACACAGGGACCUGAAGCCCAGCAACAUCGUGGUGAAGUCCGACUGCACACUGAAGAUCCUGGACUUUGGCCUGGCCCGGACAGCCGCCACUGGCCUCCUCAUGACGCCCUACGUGGUCACCCGCUACUACCGCGCCCCUGAGGUCAUCCUGGGCAUGGGUUACCAGGCCAACGUUGAUGUCUGGUCUGUUGGAUGCAUCAUGGCGGAAAUGGUCCGGGGUAGUGUGUUGUUUCCAGGCACUGAUCAUAUCGACCAGUGGAACAAGGUGAUCGAGCAGCUGGGGACCCCGUCUCAGGAGUUCCUGAUGAAGCUCAACCAGUCGGUGAGGACCUACGUGGAGAACAGGCCCCGGUAUGCUGGCUACAGCUUCGAGAAGCUCUUCCCUGACGUCCUGUUCCCUGCAGACUCUGAACACAACAAACUGAAAGCGAGCCAAGCCCGAGACCUACUAUCCAAGAUGCUGGUAAUAGACGCGUCAAAGCGGAUCUCGGUGGACGAGGCUCUCCAGCACCCUUAUAUCAACGUGUGGUACGACCCGACUGAAGUGGAGGCACCGCCACCCGCCAUCACAGACAAGCAGCUGGAUGAAAGAGAGCACACAGUGGAGGAGUGGAAAGAGUUGAUAUACAAAGAAGUGUUGGACUGGGAAGAAAGGACAAAGAAUGGUGUCAUCAGGGGACAGCCAGCGUCCAUAGCACAGGUGCAACAGUGAGCGGCAGCCACCACCAGCACCGCACCUCCACGCCCUCCCCCUUCUCCGUCAGCGACGGCUCCUCAGUGUCCCCCGACCCGACCCUGACCGCCCCAGACAGCAGCCUGGAGACGGCCAGCACCGGCGCUGCUCUGGCAGCCACCGGCCCCCUGGGCUGCUGCAGAUGACUAUCAUCUCCACCCCCUCCUGGUCCUGGGAUGGGCCUCGCCCCCUGGUCGCAUCCAAGACCACUUGCCCGACACUGGC